CUCCGCCAGGUCUGGUUGGGGUCCUUCACGUGGCAGUGGUAAACAAACAUGGCGGAACAAUUGAGCGCUUCCUCCGGUGACUCUGUGGCGUUUUCUGUGAUUUUCUCGGGCUAAUAAUCAGAUUUUCUGCUGGAUGUGUUCGCGGGGCUCUCUGCUGGGCGUCCGGCUGUAGGAUGAGCGGCUGGGCGGGUUUUUCUGACGAGGAGCUGCGGAGGAUCCAGCACAAAGAUCCCGCUGCUCCCCGCGGCAGGAAGCCUCCAGCAGCCAGCCGGAGCCGGCAGAAGAUGCAGCGGGAGAAAGCGCUUCAGUUAGCCGGCCCGCAGAGCCUCCUCCCUGGGCAGCAGCUCAGCAAACCACCGCUGACCCUGGAAGCCCCAGACCGGACAGGAGCUCCUGCUGCCGGGGAGGAGAAGCCGCAAAAAGCCGCUGACAUGAAGCCGAAUGAGAACCAUGCGCCGGCCGUAGAGGAGGAGGAGGAGGUGCCGGUGGUGAAGGAGCUGGAGAAACAGGAGGUGGAAAUGAGAGAGAAGACGCGUCUGGAGCAGCUGCAGCAGGAACAGAAAGAAAUGGAGGAGAGGAACAAGCGCAAGAAAGCUCUCCUGGCCAAAACGAUCGCUGAGAAAUCCAAACAGACUCACGCCGAGGCCGUGAAGCUGAAGAGGAUCCAGAAGGAGCUGCAGGCGCUCGAUGACAUGGUGUCCAACGACAUCGGCAUCCUGCGGGGGAGGAUCGAGCAGGCCAGCUGGGACUACAGCGCUGCCAGGAAGCGCUACGAGAAGGCGGAGGCCGAGUACGUGACGGCCAAGCUGGACCUGCACAGGAAGACGGAGGUGAAGGAGCAGCUGACGGAGCACCUGUGCGCCAUCAUCCAGCAGAACGAGCUGCGAAAAGCCCAGAAGCUGGAGGAGCUGAUGCAGCAGCUGCAGCUGCAGCCCACCCAGGAGGAGGAGGAGGAGGAGGAGAGGAGGAAGACCCCCGCUGAGCCCCAGAGGAACGGGAAGGAUGGGAGCGGUGGGGGGGCGGAGCAGGUCCAGCAGGAGCCGGCGGACCAGCAGAGAACAGAACCAGAACCAGGCUGUGACCCGUCAGAACACGGAGGUCAGGCUGGACCUGCGGCCUCCUGACGCUCAGAGACCAGACUCUUCAUCAUCGCCAGACUCUUCCUCACGUGGCGCCGCUCCAGGUCCACAUUGGACCUGACGGCACACGGAGGAACCAGCAGAGGAACCGAGGUUCUGGUAGCUCUUCAGGACCACAUCCAGUCAAGUAUGAGACUUUUCUGUGUUUGACUGCGCAGCAGCGCCACCUUCUGGUGCGUUGACCCGAGGAGAGGAACCAGCCGGGCUCAGAGUCCAGGCGCUCCGGUUCUGGUUCGGUCCGGUCCGCAAGACCUGGACAGGUUGAUGGAUUCAGAAGAACGUCUGAAGGUUUGCAGCCAGGAGUGAAAAUCUGAAGAGCUUUUUCCUCCAGAACCAGAACCUUCCAGAAUUUAACGAAACACUAAAUGGGUUAGAAAUGUGCAAAUGUUCCCGGCUCAGCCGGUUCGGGUUUCUGGUCACUCAGAGGACCUUUGGGCCGGAGGUGGAACUCUGCAGAACCGGCCUGGUUCUGUAGGCGGGCCUUCCUGCUGUGUUCUGAUGCCUGCAGGAACCGUUCCGGGUCGACGUGUCGGGAUUAAAUGUGACGAGAAGCUGCUGGAAACAUGCGUCCGCUCUACGAGCAUGAGCCCAAGCCUGGAGCUGGUUCCUGAAACGGGUUCUGUCUGGUCGGGUUCUGUAUGAACGGGUUCUGUAUGAACGGGUUCUGUCUGAGCGGGUUCUGUCUGGUCGUGUUUAAUAAACGUCUGAUUGCAUCCUGUGGUUUUCUCUUUCUGCUGACGGCGCUGCAGAUAACGAGGCGUCUCCAGGACAGAACCUCGUUGUCUCGGCUCGUGUUAAAGGUGCAGAACGCGCUGCGCUCACAUCUGCUCACAUCUGGCCGUCUGGAGGAGGCGCCGUAAAAGCAGCGCUUUAAUGAGCCGGCGGGCCGAGGGGUCAGUGUUUGAAGUGUCCAGGGGCCGCUUUCACCUCCAGUCCACCGGGCCCGGUUCUCCUGGCCGACACGCAGAGAACAAACCAGGACGGUUCCACUUUAACGUCUCUGUUCUAGUUAGAAAGGUUGGGUUAAAAACGGUUAAAUAAGAAAUGAGAAAAUCAGUUUAACCCAA